AUGUUAACUAUGUCUACGCUAAUGAUGCCAGCUGCAACCAUGACAACCAUGACUAACGCCGGACCGAUACCGGUUGCGGCCGCAACCAAAUUGGAACCAAAAUUGCUGCAACUACCCCACCCUGCGCUGAUGCCGCAAAUACAACAGCAACCACAACACCACCACCAGCAUCCCCAUGGAAAUAACAAUAAGCUUGAACACUAUCACAUCUUCGUUGGUGACCUGAGUCCUGAGAUAGAAACGCAAAACCUUCGUGAUGCCUUCGCGCCAUUUGGAGAGAUAUCGGACUGCCGAGUGGUGCGAGAUCCGCAGACUCUAAAAUCUAAGGGAUACGGUUUCGUCUCGUUUUUAAAGAAAUCAGAAGCCGAGUCCGCAAUAACUGCGAUGAAUGGCCAGUGGCUGGGGUCGCGAUCUAUCAGAACCAAUUGGGCUACGAGGAAGCCGCCUGCGCCGAAAAAUGAAUUAAACUCGAAGCCACUGACGUUUGAUGAGGUCUACAACCAGAGCUCACCAACAAACUGCACGGUCUACUGCGGUGGUCUGACCACAGGCCUGACUGAGGAGCUGAUGCAGAAGACCUUCCAACCGUUUGGGACUAUUCAGGAGAUCAGAGUUUUUAAGGACAAAGGAUAUGCUUUCAUCAGAUUCUCAACGAAAGAAAGUGCGACGCACGCCAUCGUCGCCGUUCACAACACUGAUGUUAACGGGCAACCAGUGAAGUGUUCCUGGGGGAAGGAGUCAGGAGACCCCAAUAACGCACAAACUCAAGGACAGUUGAGUGGCACAGCGUACAGCCCAUUCGGAGCAUACACCGGGGGAGUUCCCCCUGCGUCCUACUGGUACAACACCUACCCUCAACAGUUGGGGGGUUUCCUGCAAGGAGUUCAAGGGGUCCAGGGGUAUUCUUACGCUGGUCAGUUUGCGGGAUACCAACAACAGUAUAUGGGGAUGGGAGGAGUUCAGCUCCCUUGGGCUUUGGGGGGUGGUGUAGGUGGUGUGGGGGGUGUUGGGGGUGUCGCUGCUAUGUCCCAACCCCCUCAGGUCCUGCACUACCCGGUCCAACAUUUUCAGGUUCAACCGAUCGGAGAGGAUGAAUGGCUGGCCCCGAGUUUGCUCGUG